GAACACCACGUGGCUCAAAUUGGAAGGGAAGAUCAACGUGAUAUACUCUAUGCAGGAUAACGGCACCGGCAGCAAUGAUGAAUGGUCUUUGAACAACACUUGGACCGAUCAUCUACCCUUGAUAGGCUGCGCUUUGUUGUUGUGUGUCCUCGGUCGCGUGGGGAGCGGGGGAAGGAACACCCAAAAUAUGCAGCACAUCAUAUCAUGCCUAGAACCCACUGCCUUUUUUUUUUUCUUUACCUAUCUACAGCUCAGUGAACCUUGUUUUGUAUAUGCAGGCAUGUUAAUCUGUUUCUAUGGAAUUCUUCCACGCUUUUUUUCUUUUUUCUCUAUGCAUCGCAUCAGUCGUUUUGGCAGAAAGAAUUUUUCAUCUUUCCCUUAUUGAUCCGCUAUUUACGUUGCGAUUUGCAGAUGCAAUGAUCCAUGCCAUGGCUAUCUGUGCGCUCUUUCACCAGAUAAACCGAAUGAUACGCCGCACAGAAUGCCGUGAUGAUCAAUUAAUGUAAGGAGCAAAAAAAAAAGGCCUAGCAGCAUUGUUUUAUGGGAUGAGUUUAACCGCUGAUGUGCAUAAGUGUACCGUAACUUUCUUUUUUUCUCAUG